CGGCGCCGCCGUAGUGUUCCCAGAUCGUGUCCAUUGUGAUGUUGUGAACCGAACAGGGUUUUUAGCGGCUCGCAUCGUAAAGAGCAUAACAUAAAAAAUAUAUAUAUAUAUAUAUGUAUAUUUGGUGUCGGGAAAAACGAGAACGGUAAAAAACGAUAAUACGAUAUUUUAUGCGUACGUGUUAGAUACGACUGCCCCGUCACGGUUGUGUCGGUGAAAUAACAUUUAUUGCAAACCGGGAAGAUUUGAGAGGCAAAGCGGAAAAAAAAUUCGCAGUCUGUCGUCUCCGUCCGUCACGUGUAGUGUGUCGUGUGCGCGCGUGCAAAUAAGUUUUUGUCAGCGGGUCGUGUAGAUCACCGGCACUGGAGACGGACGUUCGAGCAUAUAAACUUCCGCGGUUAGGACAGCAACAGCGAUCGCCACCCGAGUCUUGGCCGGCUGCCGUGCGGUGACGUGUCCGCCACACUGAACGCGUCUGCAAUCACCGGAAGUUGAGCGUCCCGGUGUCCGGCGAAGCGGGUGGGCCUGCGGACGACCCGGGAAACGGAACGGGAGCGGGCGCGGGCGGCGUCGGUGACAAUAUACGACGGCGGUGACGACGUGCUCGCGCCGGCCCGUCCGCGCCCGACGGUCGUGAUCGCAACGUUGCCCCGAGAGCUGUGUCACGACGAGAUGAUCGCGCCCGGCCAUGGUGGUCGUACAAACAAUGGUUGGCGGUGGUGAUACCGCCGUGCCGGGGCACCGGUCAUCAUGCGUUCCGAGCGGUCGGAGCGGCCAUCGCCACUGUCGCAGCAGCUACCGCGGUCCUGCAACAGAAUCCGCAACGGGAUACCGCUACCGUGGUCGUCGUCGUCGUUGUUAUUAUUUCUAGAAGGUGGUCGUCGUCUUCGCCACCACCACUGCCGUCACCAGCACCAGCGCCGAGCCCGGCCGACGUUCACCGUCGUCGCCGCCGCCGCCACUUGGUGUUACCACCAUGCGGCUGGUGCAGAGCAUUGCGGGUCGACGCGAGUCCGCGGACGCGCAACCCGCCACGUCCACUAGCAGCACGCGAUUGCUGCACCACGGCCAGUCGGCCGACCUCGAGCAGAUCAGCAUCGUGUCGUCGAACGCCACUCCGUCACAAGUGACGUAUGGCACUGGUCUGGUCACGGCCAACGGGCCCAGGAUAGUACCAGGAACGAUCACCAGCACAGGGCGGAUUGGCGAACGAUUAAGCAUAUCUGGCACAAGAUUAGAUACUGGGAGUCCAGUAAGAUUUGGUACUAAAUCCAGUGUCGAAUCACUUAGGCUUUCGGCUGGCCGACAAAGCUUACUCGACUUGGUAGGAUGUAGAUUUGGCGUUAAUCGAAAACCACCUCAGACCUGUUUUUCCCACUCCCGAGACUCGUUGACACCAGUUUACACAAACCAGACUAGCAGUUGUCUGCCGAGUGGCAUAGCCAGCUCGGAUUCGGACAUAGCGGCCAAGGCGGGCGGCAAAUCGUCUUCCGGGCAACACCGUCCGAGCCGAGUCAACUUCGAUAGCCCCAGUGCUGGGGUAGGUGACGGUGGUAGCGGAGGUGGUGAUGGGGGUAACACCGGAAGCGGAAGUGCUUCAGGCGCGACCGCGGCGGCAGCGUCAAGCGGCGGUGGUGGUGGUGGCAGCACCACGACUGGUAGGGCGUCAUACAACAACGCUCGCGGUUCCAUCUGUUUCGAUGGUGGCCGGCAAAAGAACGGCGGUCCUCGGCAGUACAGAGACCGGACAUCCGACCGAGUCAAGGGCAUACGAUGGUCGUUUGUGUUUGACCCCGCCGGACAACUCUGCUACUACUGGAAUAUGGUCGUGUCUAUGGCAUUCCUCUACAAUUUCUGGGUGAUCAUCUAUCGGUUCGCGUUCAGCGAAAUAAACCGUAAUACAAUUGUGGUUUGGUUUUGUCUGGACUAUAUAUGCGAUCUCCUUUAUGUGAUAGACAUAUUAUUCCACUUUCGCACGGGUUACCUGGAGGACGGCGUGCUGCAGACUGACGCCGCCAAACUGCGCAACCACUACAUGAACUCGACUACGUUCUAUAUAGACUGCCUGUGCCUGUUGCCGUUAGACUUCCUCUAUCUGUCCAUAGGGUUCAACUCCAUACUCCGAUCAUUUCGGAUAGUAAAGAUCUACCGGUUCUGGGCGUUCAUGGACCGGACCGAACGGCACACCAAUUACCCGAACCUCAUCCGAUCCGGUAGCCUUAUCCACUACUUGUUGGUGAUAUUUCACUGGAACGGGUGUCUCUACCACAUAAUCUACAAAAACAACGGGUUCGGUAGCAAGAAUUGGGUAUACACAGACUCGGACACCGAGGAAACGGACACGGUUAAGCGGUACCUACAAAGCUACUACUGGUGCACGCUGGCGUUGACCACCAUCGGUGACUUGCCCAAACCCAGAAGCAAUGGCGAGUACGCGUUCGUCAUAUGCCAGUUGCUGUUCGGUCUUCUACUGUUCGCCACCGUUCUCGGCCACGUAGCGAGUAUAGUGGUGAGCGUGAGCGCGGGUCGCAAAGAAUUCCAAGAUGGUACUGCUCAAUCGAAAUUGGACGGUGUUAAAACUUACAUGCGAAUGAGAAGAGUACCGAAUCACUUGCAGACCAAAGUGAUUAAAUGGUUUGACUACCUCUGGUUAACGCAAAAAUGUUCAGACGAAGAAAAAGCCAUUAGCUGUUUACCGGAUAAACUAAAAGCUGAGAUCGCAAUAAACGUACAUCUGGAUACGCUAAAAAGGGUAGAAAUAUUUCAAAACACGGAAGCAGGAUUCCUUUGUGAACUGGUGCUGAAAUUAAGGCCCGUGUUGUUUUCUCCCGGGGAUUAUAUAUGUAGAAAAGGGGAAGUCGGCAAAGAAAUGUAUAUAGUCAGUAGAGGGAAACUACAAGUGGUCACCGACGACGGCAAGUCGGUUUUAGCAGUACUUCGAGCAGGGUCAUAUUUUGGAGAAAUCAGUAUACUUAAUAUGGGAACAGCAGGGAAUAGGCGGACUGCUUCAGUCCGGUCAGUAGGCUAUAGCGAUCUAUUCGUUUUGUCGAAAAAAGAUAUGUGGGAUGUGCUCAAGGAAUACCCUACUGCCAGAAUCAGACUAGAGGCAAUAGCGACUAAACGGCUGGAAAAGUACAAAACCGACCCUAGUCCAGACGAUAAAUUAGAAGGAUUAGUCGGAAGGCGAUGCAAGUCAACACCCGGGAUCGUAGAAAGCCAAAUUAAAGUAGAAGAUGAAAUGUGGUUGCAAUCUAGUGAAGGUCUUUUAAGGCCAGCGGCUACAUUUAAUAGUAACAUCAAUAACAGGACUUCAUUUAGUCCUACCGCAAGUCCAAGUUUCAGAUCGAACGCCGCAGCUACUUUAGAAUCUCCUCUGUCUAGUAAAUAUUCUCUAGAUCAAGAACACCACCAUCACCACCAUCACCAUGUUCAAGAUGCUCAAAAACCACAAGCGACAACUUCGGGUACAGGUAAAGAUGCAACGAUGGUGUCCGCAUUGGAAGCAGAAAUCAAUAGACUUCAAGAACGUUUGAUAGCAGUGGAAACAGAGAACUUAUACCUCAAUAAGAAAGUUACUCAACAACGAUGGGAUAUGGACCAUAGACUAGCAGAAAUUGAAAUGCAGAUUUGUAAAGACGUUGGAAGUAGUGCAGAUAGUAGUUGUGACGAUAACGAAAGAAAUAAAGAGUCGAUCAUCUAAGUGAUUUUUCCAAUUAAAUUUAAAAAAAAAACAGAUUCAUCUGCGCUAAAGACUGACGUCAAUAUUAUAUCGAGUUAUAAAUUGUAUUUAUAUUUUUUUUUUUCAAUUACCAGGGUGAAAUGUAUAAAACCCAGGAAACUAUAAUUAUUUUGGUUCACAUAAUAUAAAUAGAUGAAUUUAUUAACAACGCAUGUAAAAUUCAGGCCCAAUAAAUUAUUUUUAGAACCUAAAAUAAAAAAAUGUCAACCUCACAUAUUAAAUUAAUGAUGGAAAAAUAAAUUAAACAAUUAUUAACAAAUAAAAUAAAUAAUAAAUGACAAUUUCUCUACUUAAUAAACUAUUUGUGUAUUGCAUACCUAUUAGAAAUUCAAUCAUAAUAGAUAUUUACAUGUCAUCCACGAGUUAUGAUAUAUAUUAUAGGUAUAUAUCUAAAUACAUGAUAACAUGUAAAUACAUAAUAUAAAUAAAGGCAUUUUGAAACUGAUACCGAUUGUGUAAAAUGUUAGAAAAAUAAAGAAUUAUUUAUUUGAAACCCACCAAUGUUUACCAAUUAUUUGUAUUUUUUUUUUUUGCAUUAACAAUUGUUAACUUAUCAAAGUUAUAAUUAUAUAUUAUAUAGUUGCAGAGUUUUCCCUUAUUGUAAUUUAUUGUAGUAAGUUUCUAUACAAAGUUUAUUAGAUAAAAAUUUAAAUUAUGGGGACCAAAUUAUUAAAUCGGUCAAUGACUUUGUCGUCUGCAUAGAAUAACAAAAUCAAUAAUAUAUAUAAUUCAAAAUUUCUAUUUCGAGUAAUUAUUUUCAAAUUUUAGAUUUCCUAUAAUUAUAUAUUUGUUUUUUUAUUAUUAUUAUUAUUAAAGUUGUUCAAAUAAACACGAUUUAAUGGUAAUACACAUCAUAUUAGACAAACAAUGUACUAUGAGCUUUUUUAUAUAUAUUUUUUAAACAUAUACCAUAUGCAUAUUAGUAUUUAUUAUUUAUUAAACACAUGAUUAUUUUCAUUAGAUUGCCAUAACCCUUGUAUCCUAUAACACUCAAGCUAUAGGUACAUGAGCUUGCCCCUUUUUUGUUAUUAAAUGAACGUUAGGUCAGCAAAUAAUAACAUGUAGAGAAAUACUGUACAAAAUUUUUAUGUGUGAAGAAAUAUAUUGUAAAUAAUAUAUAAUAAUAUAUUAUAUUAUUGUCAUUAUGAAAAGUGUUGAUUAUCUUGUUGCUUUAUUAUUAUUAUUAUUAUUAUACAGUUAAAAUUCUUAUGCAAAGUGUCCUCAAAAUUUAUUAUGAUAAAAUUUAAUAACAUUUAAAAUAAUAAAUGAAUAAUUGAAAUUGUUAUAUUUAAAUAAAUUUAAGUAAACUAAUUAAAUAAUAAUUUUAAAAAAGUAGGCAAGUAAAGUUUAUUUAAAAUGUGAAGUUAUUUUUCUAGGAAAAUAACAUUUUUUUAUAUAUAUAUAUAUAAUAUAUAUCUAAAUGGACGAAAAAUCACAAUUUAAAAUUACAUUUUGCCUACGUACAUAUAUACCUAUGUAUAAUACAAAUAACAAAU